GGUAAAUUUAGUGCCAGUGCCAGACGGGAAGAGAAACUGGCUGAACCGGCACUCACAGACACACACACACACACACGGGAGGAGGGAGAAGGGAGGGGGGUAGACGGGUAGUUCUCCUCUCCCCUCAGUCUUCCCGAGUGAGUUGAGGGAGUAACAUACAUUCCUCCUCCUGUUCUUCUCUCCCUCCUUCCUCCAGCGUCACCAUGAGGGAAAUUGUGCACCUCCAGGCUGGGCAGUGUGGGAACCAGAUUGGCUCAAAGUUCUGGGAGGUGAUCAGUGACGAACAUGGCAUUGACCCCGUUGGCCAGUUCGUUCCGGGGGACACAAACAGUCUAAUGCAGCUGGAGAGGAUCAAUGUCUACUACAACGAGGCCUCAGGCGGGCGGUACGUACCAAGGGCCGUGCUGGUGGAUCUGGAGCCCGGGACCAUGGAGGCUGUGCGCUCAGGGCCCAUAGGACGAAUAUUUAGGCCUGACAAUUUUGUGUUUGGCCAGAGUGGUGCAGGGAACAACUGGGCGAAGGGGCACUAUACUGAAGGCGCUGAGUUGGUGGACGCUGUUAUGGACGUGAUGAGGAAGGAGGCGGAGAAUUGUGACUGCCUCCAGGGGUUCCAGUUGACCCAUUCCCUCGGGGGCGGCACGGGGUCAGGGAUGGGAACGCUCCUUAUCUCCAAAAUACGAGAGGAAUACCCAGACAGAAUUAUGAACUCGUUUUCUGUUAUUCCCAGCCCCAAGGUGUCUGAUACUGUGGUGGAGCCUUACAACGCCACACUGUCCGUCCAUCAGCUGGUAGAGAACACUGAUGACACCUUCUGCAUUGACAACGAGGCUCUCUAUGACAUCUGCUUCAGAACUCUCAAGCUUUCUUCGCCAUCUUACGGGGAUCUCAACCAUCUCGUGUCUGUCACCAUGUCCGGAGUCACCACAUGCUUGAGGUUCCCGGGACAACUGAAUGCUGACCUGCGCAAACUGGCAGUGAACAUGGUGCCUUUCCCUCGUCUACACUUCUUCAUGCCUGGCUUCGCUCCGCUUACUUCCAGAGGCUCACAAGACUAUCGCGCCCUCACAGUACCAGAACUCACCCAGCAGAUGUUUGACAGCAAGAACAUGAUGACAGCCUGUGAUCCACGCCACGGCCGCUACCUCACCGUGGCUGCGAUUUUCAGAGGCAAGAUGUCCAUGAAGGAGGUGGAUGAGCAGAUGCUGUCCGUGCAAAAUAAGAAUUCUGGAUACUUCGUGGAGUGGAUCCCCAACAACGUGAAGGUGGCGGUGUGUGACAUCCCCCCCAAGGGCCUCAAGAUGUCCGCCACCUUCAUAGGAAACUCCACUUCCAUACAGGAAAUUUUCAAGCGCAUUUCCGAGCAAUUCACCGCUAUGUUCCGGCGCAAAGCUUUCCUGCACUGGUACACUGGGGAAGGCAUGGACGAGAUGGAAUUUACUGAGGCUGAGAGCAACAUGAACGACUUGGUGAGCGAAUACCAGCAGUACCAGGAGGCGUCUGCUGAUGAUGACGAUUAUGUGGACGAGGAGGGACUAGGGCCAGAGGAGGAGGCAGCGAUGGAAGAACAGCCGCAAUAAAUACACGAAUAAACUCACUCACGCACGCACACACACAUGCACGUGUUUCCUAUUACGUGCAUAUUACACAUAGGUAUGCAUAUAUUCAUGGUUUUUUUUGUGUAUAUAUGCAUUUUUUUUAUGUAGUUUAUACAUAUACAUGGUUUUUUGAAGGCGUGUAGAGAGAGAGAGA